UUGCAGGCAAAGUCGCUUAACUUUUUUCUACCAGUGAUCGAUGCGGUGCAAGCAGAAGAAACUUACGAAGGUGCUACAGUAAUUGAACCGAUUCGCGGUUUUUACAAUGUUCCAAUUGCGACUCUCGAUUUUGCCUCACUGUAUCCAUCAAUUAUGAUUGCACAUAACAUAUGCUACACUACUUUGCUCCAAGGUCCCUCUAGUACAAACAAUUGUAUGGUUUUGAACGGAAGGCAGCUGGCACUGAAAAUAUCGGCAAACUCAGUUUACGGUUUUACUGGUGCUUCGGUCGGGAAAUUGCCUUGUUUGGAGAUCUCCCAGUCAGUCACCGCUUUCGGUCGUCAGAUGAUUGACUUCACAAAAAAUACCGUUGAGGAGAUAUAUAAGAAAGGUUAUCUGGAUGGCAAAUGCCCAUGUGAUGCUCAGGUAUAUUCUCCUUUCCUGUUGAUUACCAAGAAACGCUACGCGGGUCUGUAUUUUACGCGACCCGAAAAACACGACAAAAUUGAUUGCAAAGGACUGGAAACAGUUCGACGUGACAACUGCCCGCUGGUUUCGAAAGUUCUUAGCACAUGCUUGGAGAAAAUGUUAUUGGAAGGCGAUGCUACCAGUGCCCUGGAACAUGCGAAAAAGGUCAUAUCAGAUCUGCUUUGCAAUCGAAUUGAUAUUUCGGAGCUGAUUAUCACCAAAGAAUUAACUCGUUCCAGUAAUGUAAGUAUUUCAAGCAUCAGUUUUCACCAAAAAAUUAUUUGA